AUGGACGACAAAAAGAGUCGAGAGGACAACGAGGAGAACGAGAGGAGACAAACCGCUUUGGGAGUGCUCAGGCGGUUCAAUCUUUUCCAUGCAAACAGAAUGACUGCAUGGAGGGAUGCUCUUCGGCAGUGUGUCUGCAUUCUCAACAGGAACCCGCCAGACUUAGGUGGUGUUUUACUAAGUCUUCUGGAAGACUUAGAGCAAAUUCAGGAUCAACUGAGCACAAUAUGCAACAAAAUGGAGGCUGAAAUAAUCCACCCGAACGCAGAAACAUCUGUGGACCUCACAACUCAACACCUCAAAACCGCCGAUGAACCGAUGGCCACCGAGGCUCGGUCAGAGCACGAAGAUGAGCCUGAGGACGGAGAUGAUCGAGAGCAGCUGUCAAACGGUGACCAAACAUUAGCUUCUGCUAACAUUACUUGUCACGAUGAAGCAGAACUGAAGGUCAAAGGUCAAGAGAGGGACGAUGAAGACCUCUUGGACACCGUCUCGGAGAAGACGAACGAAGAAUGGAUCAGCCAAUCGGACAUACCAGGCGCCUGCUUCGUCAGAGCACCUUUGGGCGGGGCCAAAGUCGUGCGCUGCGAGGUGGCCGACGCCUUGAGUUGCACGAUGGUGACCGGUGCCGAGGAGCUGGUGAGCCGGGUCAUCAGACUCCGAGCCGAAAGCGACCUCCACUUCCCUCUGACUUUGGCGUUGUCUUUCCGUGCACGUUACCGUGGCAGCUACAGAACCAUCAAUGUUAAAGUGGUGGAUGGCGAGGGCCGGGUCAGCUACCUCGUACCUGCAACGACAGAGGCCACGUACGGUGGGAAGAGGGGUUCCUUUGCAGAGGUUAAGGUGUACUCCCUUGGCUUGUUCGCUGUGGUUUCCUGUCUCAAACAAGAACAUUUUACAGUUCCGAGACGAGGCUUGUCAUACAAACUUCCUGUGGACCCUCGUGUCUGCCUCAAUUACCUACCAGGGUCCUUCACUGCCCCUGUACUGGUCCAGUACACGAUUCAGCCGCUCGACGCAGUUCUCCUGGCUGCCGUCAAGUCAAAAAGCGAAGCCUACCGCCGGGUGGUGUCCACCAGUCCAUUACUCUACCUCGCACAUCCGUCCUCUCAGACCCUACGAAGGCCUCUCACGGUCACCCUUCCUUGUCCACCAAAUCCUGACAAGAGGAAGGACACACGGGAACAAGUGGAGGAGAAGGAACUCUGCCUUCCUCGACUUGCCGCCGUUCCCCCAGUGUGGGAUUGGACUUCUUACCAACGGAGGAGGAUUUUAGGUUCCUGCACACAGUCCUCUCAAGAGAACCCUGCUGAACCUCUGAGUGUACUGGGCUCCAAGGACCAGCAGUGGAGCGUUCCAGAAGAAGUCCUGAUACGGAACCAUCAGAACGGUCUGGUGUCAUUUGAACUGACGGAGAGCUUUGACAGACUUCUCGUUGUUCGGCUUCUCUCUCCACUGCAACCUUGCCAUCUCAUCUCCCUGGCAGAAGAUCUGGUGGAGUCAGCCCGCCGCCACCAGGUCACUGUUGUCCUCUGGCGGCAUCGGGACGAUCCCCGCAGCGUCCUGGUGGCCGCUCUGCCCAGUCGGGAGCUCGGUUGGGAACUGUCUCGACUGCAGGCGAAGACCAACGGUGGUCCCAUGGAGACUUCGCCGGAGAUCUCCAUGGAGGAGGGGGACCAGCUUCUCCUCCAUCUUUGUGGAAAUGUCUCCUGUGCGGGAGCUCAGGUGAACGACGUUCUAGACCAGCGGAUCACUUUCCACUGCCAGCGCAAGAACGAGCUGCUGCUGCAUCUGACCGAAGUGGACCCCUUUGGUAACUACAGCUCCCCUCACUACAAGGGCGCUGUCGUCUUCUACAAGGUCACCAGAGGUCAGGUGGAGCGACCAGAGGACACGCCGGUCCAGACGCAAGUCAAACAUCUCGGAAAGCCCGUUUGUACGCUGCCUCUGACUUUGCCGAAGCGAGUUAGAACCAUCAGACGACCCGUCACGCCCAAGAUAACCCUCUGCGAGCGAAACGGUAAUCGACUCUCCACCGUCGACGCAUGGCCGAACCCUAACUUUGACAUAUUUUGGCUAACAGACUCCCUCCCAGACUCGCUGCUCCACUGGCUAUCAGGAGAGCUUUCGGAAGACGAGCUCACCCCCUUGGCGAUUUCGCUACGUCUUCGCCGCAGCGCCGGCCAGUUGGUGAAGCUUCGAGCCGGGGACAGUCUGCCUGCGCGGGCCUUGGGCAUCUUGACCAUGUGGAGGAGGGAGCUGCCCGCUUCCCAGCUUCAGUCCAAAGUCCCCCAGUUAGCACAAUGCUUGGCUAAGAUCGGCCGACCGGAUCUGGCCAGAGAACUGCUGCUACGACAGACAGAAGAACCCUAG